GAAAAGAUGAUAAGCAAGACUAUCUUCAACCUUACUUGCUCAAGGUGGAGAAUCAAUGAAAACCUUGCAAGAAAGUUCAUAGAAAAAAAGCUUUAAAAAGCUUAAAAAGAGAACUGAUUUUCUCAAAAAGAAAGUGCCUUCCCACCUUCCUAAAAAGCCCCACCCCCACGUCCCCACCCCCUCCAUUUUAGAAAGCUGUUACAAGUAGGGUACUAUUGUCUGAGUAUUCAUCUUUUUUUUCCAUUUGAUCUAAAAAAAGAUUUAUAGCUAUACAAAAAAUUUACUCCAUGUUGGAUAAUUCUUCUUCUUCUCCAGUUGGUCCAUCUUCCUCUUCUGAGGCACUUAAUUCUGCUGAAAAUUGUGGGGGUUUUAAUAGAAGGAAAAGAAGACCAGCUGGUACACCAGAUCCGGAUGCAGAAGUGGUUUCGCUUUCACCAAAAACACUUUUGGAAUCAGAUAGAUACAUAUGUGAGAUAUGCAACCAAGGUUUCCAAAGGGACCAAAACUUGCAAAUGCACAGGAGAAGGCACAAAGUGCCAUGGAAGUUAGUCAAAAGAGAAAAUCCACAAGUUAAAAAAAGAGUAUUUGUUUGUCCUGAGCCAAGUUGUUUGCACCAUGAUCCAUGUCAUGCCCUUGGUGAUCUUGUUGGUAUAAAGAAGCAUUUUAGGAGGAAACAUAGCAAUAAUAAGCAAUGGGUUUGUGAGAAAUGUGGGAAAGGUUAUGCUGUUCAGUCUGAUUACAAAGCACAUCUCAAAACAUGUGGUACUAGAGGCCAUUCUUGUGACUGUGGCCGCGUUUUUUCCAGAGUGGAAAGUUUUAUUGAGCACCAAGAUACUUGCACUGUAAGGAGAAUUAGGCCAGAUUUGCAAACAUUGCAAGCAGCAUCACCAGCUGGUAAUUGUUCUUCAAGAACUGCUUCAAGUACUAGCCCUUCAAGUGACACAAAUUUACCAAAGUUAACCACAAUGUCCUUGCCAAAUACUAAUUCUGAUCAUCAACAUCAUAAUUUAGAACUUGGCCUUUUACCAUCAAUAAGAAGUACUAGUGAUCAUGAUCAUGAAAAUCAAGAACCACAAUUGAAAUUAUCAAUUGGAUCAUCAUCACAAAGUAGUCCCAAAAAAAGCCAUGGGGAAAAUGAGGUACUAAAUUUAGCUAUGGCUGAAAAAGCUUAUGCUGAGGAAGCACGAAGGCAAGCGAAGAGGCAAAUGGAAUACGCAGAGAUGGAAUUCGCGAAUGCAAAGAGAAUUCGACAAGCAGCACAAGCUGAAAUUGAAAGAGCAACAAAUUUGAAAGAGGCAGCUACUAAGAGACUAAGUUCUUCCAUUUUGGAAAUUACUUGCCAUGCUUGCAAAAGCAAGUUUCAAAAAAAUGCACCUAUUGAUAUUGAGUCUUCUCCAGCUAUGAGUUACAUGUCUUCUGCUACAACUGAAGCUGAAGGAGAGCAAUGACCAAAAGAUAUAAUGUAAUGUGUUGGUUAGGACUUUUUGUGGUAUAUUUGUGUUUAAUGUAUUUUGUUAAUGUAGGGUUUUCAAUUUUUUUUGUUUCUUUUGGAAAGAGGACUAUUAGCUAGUAUGUUUUUCUUUUGAAUAAGACUCAUUC